AUGUUAUAUUCUGUGGAUAAAGAAGGCUAUGUGCGCGUUGACAGCUCGCUACUUGUGGCAUUUAAGCUCUUGCUUGAAACGGCCAUCUUUGUGUCGAUCUCCUUCGCUGCAAUAUCAUCCAGAUUGUUCUCAGUGAUUAGAUUCGAGUCAAUUAUCCAUGAAUUCGAUCCGUGGUUUAAUUUUCGUGCAACUAAGUACUUGGUCUCUCAUUCUUUUUAUCAAUUCCUUAAUUGGUUUGAUGACAAGACUUGGUAUCCAUUGGGUCGUGUUACAGGUGGUACUCUCUAUCCUGGUCUUAUGGUGACUUCUUCUGUUCUUUAUCAUUUUUUGCAUAAGAUUGGACUUCCUAUCGAUGUCAGAAAUAUCUGUGUCUUGUUGGCUCCUGCAUUUUCCUCAAUUACUUCUCUCGCCACAUUUCUUCUCACUUGGGAGAUCUCGGAUACGGUUAAGGGUCUUCGUUAUCGCAAGACCUCUGCAUUCUUUGCUGCAUUCUUCAUGAGUAUAGUUCCUGGAUACAUCUCACGUUCUGUUGCUGGAUCUUAUGAUAAUGAGGCAAUUGCCAUCACUUUACUUAUGGUCACCUUUUAUCUCUGGAUCAAGUCUGUUCGUCUUGGUUCAGUCUUUUAUGCCUCUCUCACUGCUAUAACCUACUUCUAUAUGGUUAGUGCUUGGGGUGGCUAUGUCUUUAUUACCAACAUGAUUCCAUUGCAUGUGUUCAUUUUGCUUCUCAUGGGAAGGUUCAAUUACAAACUAUAUACUUCAUAUUGUACCUGGUAUGUUCUUGGUACCGUGAUGUCUAUGCAAAUUCCAUUUGUUGGCUUUCUUCCAAUCAGAUCCAAUGACCAUAUGUCUGCUUUAGGUGUCUUUGGCUUGCUUCAAUUUGUUUUGGUGGCUAACUACCUUAAGCGCAUUCUUUCUCCAGAGAAAUUCCAUAGACUUAUGAUCGCAUCUGGUUCUAUCGUUUUGACUUUGGGUAUUGCAGGUCUUGUCUUGGCCACCAAAAUUGGAAUCAUUGCUCCUUGGACUGGCAGAUUCUAUUCUCUUUGGGAUACAUCGUAUGCUAAGAUCCAUAUUCCAAUCAUUGCUUCUGUUUCAGAGCAUCAGCCAACUCCUUGGGCUUCUUUCUUCUUUGACAUGAACUUCUUGGUUUGGCUUUUCCCAGUCGGAGUGUUCAUAUGCUUCCAGGACUUAUCUGACGAGGCAGUUUUCAUUAUUGUUUAUUCAGUUCUGGCUUCCUAUUUUUCCGGUGUUAUGAUUCGGUUGAUAUUAACUUUAUCUCCUGUUGUGUGCGUCUGCGGAGGUCUUACUGUUGGAAAGCUUUGCAGCAUCUAUAUGGAUUUCAAAGAUAUUUUUAAUUCCAAGGCUCAGAAGGUGUCUGGUGCCAUUUUUGACACAUUUUCCAAGUUACUUGUCACCUCGUCUCUCAUCUUCUAUUUAUACUACUAUGUUUAUCACUGCACGUGGGUCACUUCCAACGCUUACUCUUCGCCAUCUGUUGUGUUGGCGUCGAGAAAUCCCGACGGAAGCAGCACCAUUAUAGACGAUUUCAGAGAAGCCUACUACUGGCUUCGAAUGAACACUGCAGAUGACUCCAAAGUGAUGGCAUGGUGGGAUUAUGGAUACCAGAUCGGAGGUAUGGCGGAUAGAACCACUUUUGUGGACAACAACACGUGGAAUAACACUCAUAUUGCCACUGUUGGUAAAGCUAUGGCUGUGGAUGAGAGGCAGUCCGAAGUUAUAAUGAGAAGACUCGGUGUUGAUUACGUGCUAGUGAUAUUUGGUGGUGUGUUAGGAUAUUCUGGCGAUGAUAUCAAUAAAUUUCUCUGGAUGGUGCGUAUAUCUGAGGGUAUAUGGCCGGAUGAGGUCAGUGAGAGAAACUAUUUCACGCCAGGAGGGGCGUAUAGGGUGGAUGACUUGGCUACCCCUGCGAUGAAGAACUCACUUAUGUACAAAAUGUCGUACUACAGAUUUGGUGAUCUUUUCCAAGGAAGAGAUGCGAUGGAUCGUGUUCGUCAGCAGAGAUUGAGCGCUCAGUACGCAGAACACAUCAAUUUGGAUGUGUUGGAAGAGGUGUUUACAAGUGAGAACUGGAUAGUUAGAAUCUACAAACUUAAGGACCAGGAUACAUUUGGUCGUGAUUUGAUUGAUCUAGGAGAGCAAAAGAGACAUCAACUGGGCAAGAAGGCACUUAGAAAGAAGACGAGAUCCAAACCUGAACUAGAUAUUCGGAUUUGA